UCAGCUGGUUCAGAGACCCUCCCUGAUCCCGAGUUUCACUCAGAAAUAUGUUACAGUACUGAAGGAAAUGCGUUAUGAUUUCUGAUUGACUUUAAAGUAACAGGAACUGUCUGUGUUCACACUGUCAAUCACCUCAACAGCCCUUUAAAAUCAUUACUUCAUUCAUUUAUAGAACAGAAUAAUGUAACUGAUCAAUAAAUAAUAAACAACAUUCACAUUCAAAUGUUUCUUCUUCUCUGUGAUUCGUGUUCAGUUCUAGUUUAUUAUAAUGAAGUGAAUCAUCAGAUUAAACUGAUCAUAGUUUUCAUGAACUGACAGAUUCUCACUGUAGUCUUUAGAAUCAGUGCAUCAGUGAGAGCUGAUCUGUUGUUCCUCUUCUAAUAUUUCACAUUUAUUUAAGCUCUUUAACACAUUUUACUGUUUAAUAGAUUCUCAGUCCUUCACAUACAUGUAUGACGUCAUCGUGGUUUUAGUGUAGAGACGGUAGUUUUGGUAGAGGACCUCUCUCCGGGCGAUGAUGCAAUAAUAGAGACACGCCCACUGAUGAUGUCACAUUGCCCGACAUAAAGACCGUCUUUUAACAUUCUAAUCAUUCGAUGUGAUGAGACUGUGGAGGAACGAUUAUCUCAGAUGAUUAUUAUGAACUGUAAGAACUGACUGCAGAGAUGAGGAGAGAAGAUUCACAGAAGAAGAACAGCUGGACGACAGCGGAUUCCAUUCGGAAGAGCCCCAUUAUCCCUGAUCCCUCCUGUCUGGAUAGGAUGGAGCGAGAGAGGCAGGAGUUUCUGGAGGGUCGUGGUCGUAUGUUGAGGGAAAUGAACGACAAAUAUGAGCAGACCCAGGAGGUCAUCCUCAGACGGAUCCGCAGCUCAAUCCAGGAUCGUGAUCACCCCUCAACCCAUAAUGCACUGCACCACCAGUCUACCAGGAGUUUCCACAGGUCAAAUGACAUCUGUCUGGAGCCCCAGAUGAAAAGAGGUGGUUUGGGCCACAUUCUGCUGAAACGCUUAAGAGAGAAAAAGGCGUGCAGCAGCCUGGAGAGCCUGUCUGGCUCUGAUGUGGACCCACCGUAUAUGAAGCCUUUUCCACCUUCGGACGAGCCCCGGAAAAGGGAAAGGCCCCACCGCAGGGUUCGGGGCUUGAAGAUGGCUGUUGAGCAGGAUUGCUCCCCCUUCAGGCCAGAAGACCCCUCCCCAGAGCUCUGCACACCUGAACAUCCAGCUUUUGCCAAGCCCAGCAGGUUGCCCAGACCGAGGAAUCUGCACAUGCUGGCCAAGAAAGGGAACAAGGCCUACUUUGCACCUGGAGGGAAACUGAAGCCCAGGUGGAGCCUGAAGUCAAAAAGAGCUGCUCCAAAGGCUGCUGAACUUGCUGUCAGACAGGCAUUUAAACUGCUGCAGGAUGAGGAAUGGGAGAGGAAGAUAGAGGGGCUGGAACUGGUGCAUGCUCUGGCAGAGCACCACCCUAAAGUCCUGCUGUCUGAGAUAGAUGAUGUCUGCCUGACCGUCAUCCAGGAGGUGAAGAACCUGCGCUCCAUGGCAGCUUGGAACGCAACGUCCAGGAGCUGCAGAGGGAGUGCGCUAAAUAGCCCAUCCAAGAUGGAGGGAGGCUGCCUCUGCUCUCUGAGCCCUUUGGAGAUGUGCAGGUCAAUGAAAACAUACUCACCUGUGGAUUGGUGCAAUCUGAAGGACCUCUGUGUGUUUUCUUCUAUCUGCACACCUGUCCCUCCACCUGCACCUAAACCCAGCAGGUUGCCCAGACCGAGGAGUCUGCACAUGCUGGCCAAGAAAGGCAACAAGGCCUACAUUGCACCUGGGAGCAAAAUACCCAGAUGGAGAGGCCUAGUUAGGCAGAGCAGGAGACCAGAGGAAGCUGAUACAGUUCUCCGAACACCUGUCCCUCCACCUGCUGCUGCCAAACCCAGCAGACUGCCAAGACCAAAGAGUCUGCACAUGCUGGCCAAGCUUGGGAAGAAGGCCUGCAUUGCACCAGGUAAGUUCCAAUAUUGAAAAAUAGUCUUAGAAUACUUAGAGCAGGAGUGAACAGCAUCACAAUGAACUCCAUACAGUUCAUGAAUAGAAAGGAUUUUUACUGGAAAUUAAAAUAGCUAUGAUAUAUAAAACAGAACUUUGGCACUUAUAAAUAAGCAGCUCUGUGUGAGAAUGAGAGCAAAGGGCUGAGACGCUAUGACUAAUAAAACAAUGUUUUAAUAAUUGUAGGCAGCAAAAUACCCAGACUGAGAGGCCCAGUUAGGCAGAGGAGGAAUUCAGGAGGUCAUGUGGAGCCUGUAGACAGCAGAGCUGCUCCAAAGGCUGUAGAAGUUAGUCAGGGAAGAGCAGAGACAGUGGAGACUCCAGCCCUGAUCAGUGAACAGCCUCUGAAAAAUCCUGAACUGGCUCUCAGACAGACGUUUAAACUGCUGCAGGAUGAGGAAUGGUAUGACUUUAGUGAACCAGAGUAGAAACACCAAACUUACAGUGUGCAGACAGAAUGAAGAUCAGAUUCUAAUGGAGCAGUGAUGUGUUUUAGGAUAGUGUUCAGACUAGAGUUAUAAUAACUGAUGAUACCAGAGAUUCUACAGUUUAAAUACUGUGGAAUAUACACACAACAAUUACUGACUGAUUAUCCUAAUGAUCAGAAUCUUCAAAUGUUUCCACUGAAAAUGUCCAUUAUCCACAGCUAGUUCUGCUCCUGUGUUAAAUGUUUAACAUACUGGCUGAAUCAGUCUUUAUCAUGUUUACUGUGAUGUUCAUCUCAUUCUAAUGUCUUUCUUUUGAAACAGGGAGAGGAAGA